AAUUGUGGAAUCAGCAAAAAAACAAAAACGAAAAAAACAGAGGAAUCGGAGAGAAAAGAUCUCUGCGAAAUCGGAGAGGAGCUCAACGAGGGGUUUUGAUUUAGUAGCUUCUUGGAUUUGGAGAGGAAGGAGGUCGAGAAGAGUGCCCUAAUUCUUGUGAAUUUUUCAAUUCAGGUAGGUGAAAAGGUUUCAACUUGAAGUGAGUUAGUAUGCUUCUGAUGGGCGAAUCCUUGUAGAGUUUAAAAGAUGCGAAGGUUCUUUUCAUUCAGAUCAUCUGCAGCCAACAAUGGUUGUACAAAUGUGGUUCCCCCGACUUCCAACCACAAGAAGAAGGAUGCAAAGACUACAGCAGGAGAAACGCUUUACGGGGGCUCUCGAACUCCUGAGGAGUCAAGCUUCAAAUCACGAAAAAGGUAUCCGAAGAGUGAGGAGUCGUCGAGCCCACAUCUCCGUAGGAGCCUUUCGUUCUCUUCUCCGGCUGCUUACGGUGGUUUCGAAGUAGGUGAACAGAACUGUAUGGGUGAUCUCAGUGAAUCCUCAGAAACUUGUCGCAGAGAAACUCAUCAUUUUGGAGAAUGCCCUGUCCACUGCCAUUCAUCGACCCCAGAAAGGCAUGCAGGAAAGAGAGGAAACAAUCUCACCGAGGUCCGGAAGUCCCUAGAAGCUCAUGAAUUUGAUUCUCCUUGCUCGAGAGGUUACCUAUGUUCAUCUGGAAACUCCUCUUACAGCUCUCCUAUAGCACUAAGAUGCGGCCCCAUUCAUAAAUCCAAUUUCUCUAACAACAAUGAAGUGCUUGACCUCUACAUUGACGGAGAGCAGGAUGUGAUCAACAAACCAAGUGAGACUCGUGGGAAUUUCUCUAGAGCAGUAAAUGAUGGUACUCUAUCAGGAAAGCCUCCAGUUUCCAUUUUGGGAAAGCCGCCACGAGCUCAGUCCACAGCACCAUCUUCACCAACUUCCACUAAAGACAGCCUUAGGACCUAUUCAUUCAGAGAUGAUGUCAGGAUUGCCUUCGCUGCCAAAAAUUUGAGAAGGAAUAACGAGAGACAGUCACAUUUAUUCACUGGAAAAUUGAUUAAGUUACGAGAUCAUGAAUCAGAAACCACCACCACCAUUGAAGAUAUAUACGAGGAUACAUCUGAGGAGUUGCACGGACCUCGAGGGCAAACUUGCUAUUUGGAAAAUGGUUCUUUGAGCCUUAGGCCAGAGAAGUCAUCUGAUUCUUCACCGGAGGAACAAGAUACUGAUGAGAAGUUACUUAGAAAAGCUAAAGAGAUGGAAGAGAGGUUCACGCGAGAAAAUUCUGAGAUUGAAUUACUUAGGAAUAAGGGUUUAAGCUUGACGGAAUUGCUUCAAAUGAUUCAGGAUAUGAAUGAGGAUAGGAAGUACCUUGCGCUGGAGCUAUCCUCACAGAUUAGGUCCCGUCUAGCUGAGAGAUUCUCUGCUAAAGAGCAGUAUAAACAAUCGAAGGUGGAAUUGGAUACGAGAACAAGGAGGCUUGAGAAGGAGAAGAGUGAAGUGCAGUUGACUUUGGAGAAGGAGUUGGACAGAAGGUCAAAUGACUGGUCACAGAAGCUUGUGAAAUUCCAGACUGAAGAACAGAGGCUGAGGGAGAGGGUAAGAGAACUCGCAGAGCAAAACGUUGCACUUCAAAGAGAAGUUUCUUCACUUCAAGCAAAUGAAGCUGCAGCACAUAGUAGGUUAAUGAACUCGGAAACUCAAUGUAAAGAACUCACAGCUACAGCAGAGGAAGUGCAAAAAAAGAAUAAUGAUCUUCGACAGAUCUUAUCUGAGAUGGAAGUUCAAUUUAACGAGGCAAAAGAGGAAAGAGACCAACUAAAAAGAAGCUACAAGGAGAAAGAAGAGGAGAAUAAGGGAUUACAUAAAAUGGUCGUGAGACUUCAAAGGAUCCGCAAUGAACAAGAUAAGACCAUCAGUGGGCUGAGACAGGGCUAUAGUGAUGAAUUAGAUAAGAAAUCAAGAGAAAGCGGAGAUAGUAGAAGUAGGCUGCAAAUGGAGCUUAUGAGAUUGACGGGCAUAGAGCAGAAGCUGAGGAGAGAGGUUGAAUCCUGCGUGAUUGAAAUUGAGUCCCUUAGGAAUGAGAACAUUUCAUUAAUAGAUCGUUUCCAAAGCAGCGAAAAUGGGUAUAGGUUAUCCUCUAUAAGGCUUGAACAGGAGCUUCGUGCUAGAGUAGAUUGUUUGCAGACCCGGGCCUUAUCAUUACUUGAUGAUAACAGCCACUUUUGUGCUGAGUUAUUAGAGUUUAUCAAAUGCAAGAAGCAUGAAAAUCAAGGAGAACGUAGGAGUGAUCUGGAGGGAUACUCCAUUGUUGAGUACACUCUGAAGUACCAGAGCAUAAAACGAGGGGUUGAAAGUUUAAGGAGAAGUUUACAAACGGUGCUGGCGAUAUUGGAUGACAAGUCCACUUUAGAAGCAUCAGAAUCUGUGGUGCAAAGUACUGAAGGUGGUAAUCCAAAGCAUGCAAAAGAUCAGGCUCAGAAGGAUGAAAUAGAACUCAAGUUAAAAGUGGAAGUUAUGCUGACUAGAGUAUUGCGCGAGAAGCUAUACUCUAAAGAGCUGGACCUUGAACAAUUGCAGGCAGAGUUAGCAUCUUCAGUAAGAAGCCAAGAUGUCCUGCAAAAUGAGAUACAGAGGCUUCAGGAUGAAUUUUCUUGUCUCAACCACAAGGCAAAGGAAAUGGAGAUUCAGAUGCUGAAGAAAGAUGAGAGCAUCAACCAGAUUCAGCAAGACCUUCAAGACUCCAUGAAGGAAUUGAGUGCUCUUCGGGGUACACUCAAAACAGUUACCGAAGAGAGGGAUAUUGUGUGGCAGGAAGCCAAUAACCUGCGAAAGACUAACAUGCGCAUGCUUGAAGAUGCUCAUUCUCUGAGGAGAAAGAUCGAAGCCCUCGACGAAGACAUACUGCUAAAGGAGGGGCAGAUUUCCAUCUUAAAGGACAGUCUUGAGAAGCCGUUUGACAUCAUAUGCAGUCCCAAGUCACUGAAAGAAUUUGAUAUGGAAUAAGCCUUGAAAUAUUAAGCCUUUUUUUUUUUUUUUUAACUUUACGUUUCUUUUCUUCCUGUAAGAAUGUCUCAGGAAAUUCUGUCGUUUGUGAAUAUUUGAUUUCUGUUCAGAGGUAUAAAUGAGUCAAAUGCCAUUUAUCCGAGUAAAAGACCAAUUGUAGUUUAUAUGAGUCAAUGGGGAUUAAUCAAUAUGUGCUGCUUAUUUUAUUUUUUAUAUUGAAAAGUUUGUUUUAAUUGAUA